CUCGCCACUGGUGGUGGAAUUCUGCAGAAGCUUAUCUGAAAGAGCAGAAAAGACAAGAAGAGAAAGGAGACACGGAACUAUUUUCGAAUCAACAACUUGCAAAUAUGUGCUUUGAUUUGUGGUUCGCAGGACUCACUACUACUCAUACAACGUUGACUUGGACAGUGGCUUAUGUCAUGAAUCAUCCAGAAGUCCAGGAAAGAAUCCACAAGGAGCUUGAUAGAGUGAUAAGAGAUGAUAAAAGAUUGGUGACGACUGCUGAUAAAAAUGAGCUCCCGUUAAUCAAUGCAGUGAUAAAUGAGUCUCAACGAUGUGUAAAUUUGCUUCCUCUGAAUCUAUUCCAUGCAACUACAAAAGACACGAUAAUCAAUGGGUAUCCAGUGAAGAAAGGAACUGGAGUGAUUGCUCAGAUUAGUACGGUUAUGUUGGAUGAAAAAGUGUUCCCAGAUCCAUAUGCAUUCAAUACUGACAGAUUUCUUGAUGAAGAAGGGAAGCUGAAGAAGAUAGACGAGCUCAUUCCAUUUUCAAUCGGAAAACGGCAAUGCCUAGGGGAAGGUCUUGCCAGAAUGGAAUUGUUCCUGUUCAUUGCCAACUUUUUCAAUCGAUAUCAGGUUUUGCCACCUGCUACUGGUCCACCAUCUUUGGAGAAAGCUGAGAAAGUUGGAGUGUUCCCCAGGAAGUUUCAUGCAGUUUUAAAACGAAGGAAUGUUAAAUGA